CACGUCAUUAAGUCACGGGUCACACACAGUGUAAACAGAAAGUUUAUCCAGUUUACCUGUCAGAAUGUAUACAUGCAUGACAAUCAGAUAUGAAGAUCAACUGUAGAAAGAAAAAGAAUACUGAUGAUUAUCAAAUCUUUGAGGACAUUUCAUACGAGACAUCGGAUAAAACGUCUCACAAGUCGCUCUUUGACCUCUACCUACCUGAGUAUGGAGCGGAUCUAGGGAACAAUUCUGCACCACCCGUGGCGGUGUUUGUUCACGGCGGAGGGUGGCGCCGUGGUGACAAGGACACGUGGAAACAUUUUGUGUUUCUGGACAUUAAUCUAUUGGCUGCUUUCAUUUACUGGUGCUUUGGUCUGUACGGGAAUGUAGGAAAAGAGUUCGCAAGGAGGGGUGUUCCGUGUGCGGUGAUUUCUUACCCCCUCACUAAACUGAAAACUCCGUGGUUGCUGUUGGAGCUUGCGACUUCCUACGUAGGAACUGUGAUAUUUCUCGGAGUAUUAUUUUUUGUGUUGUUUUUAUCGGUAUUUGUGAUAGAUUUUUUGACCCCUGUAGGUAUUGUUAAUCUGAUCUACAGACAUCGUGAAUUGGGUCGCUUAACUGUGUCAGACAUAUUUCUGGGUCAUCUUGUCCUAGUUAAUCUUGUCACACUUGUCGUGAUAUCAGUGCAACGAUCUAAACAUUAUCUGAAAUCCCACCGUCUUGCAGCACUCUGGGCGACAUUUCUGAAUCUUCUGUAUGCAGCAUUGCUAACCGAACACCCCCUCCUGACUUUAUGGGUGACCAGCUUUAUAGUAGCUCAAGGAGCGUUACUAUAUAUGAACUUAAAAGCAAAAGAUUACACACAUGAAGACCAAAUUGUUGCUUUGUCAAAGUGUAUUAAGAAAAUUUAUGAAAUAGGGAGAUACACAAAUUACUAUGACUAUAAUUCUAUAUACUUGAUUGGGCAUUCUGCAGGUGGCCAUCUUUGUUCCCUUCUUGCUCUUCGUCCGAUUUCACUGGAGGACAUAGGUGUCCCAUCCUCGAGUAUCAAGGGUGUUGUGGCGAUUUCCGCGGUUUUGCACGUGGAGAAGCUCAACACUCGUGCGGUGCGCCCUCUGUAUCUCCACCCCACCUUCGGCAAGAACCCGGAUGAUUGGUCGUCUGCAUGUCCAAUGACCCAUCUUCAGAAUAAAAUAUCGUCAUAUCUCCCGAACUUUCUCGUGAUAACAGCUGAGAAAGACUGGCAUCUUCAGCAGGAGGCGGCCAUGUUUGCCAAAGAGUUGGAGAGCUGGGAUAUUCACCAACACAGGGUGGUGUUUCCUCGGACAACGCACAUGUCUAUUAUAUGUAACUUUGACCGGCACUGUAAAGUUCUCAAUGUUAGUGUAGCCAGUCUGUGUGUUCAGUUUAUACAGCAAACCUGCAACUUAAUAUAUCAAACAAAUGAUCUACCCAGUACGGAAGAAUAAAUGUAGUAAAAGAAUUCUGUCUUCUGUAAGAAAUCUGCAUGUAAUUAGUUUAUAUUCCGACAGUUUGUUGUCGAACAUAUAGAUGAUAGAGGGAUCGGUCAUUGACUGAUGUCAAAUAUGAUUGAUUUGUAACCAUCUCUGGCUUCUAAAUCAAAUCAUAUUUAUUUUGACUGCUGUCAGAUUUAUAUAAACGU